AUGAAUCUCUUCAAUGUCAUGGUAAAGCGUAAACUGGUUGACGACACCACCGAGGAGGGCCUCUCGGAGGCGAAGGAAGCAAAUGCGAGGUUAGUUGGUUAG